AUGUCUUCGAAACUCUUCCAUUCGACCGAGGUGGGAGCUGUAUCACUCAAGCAUCGCGUCGUCUUGGCCCCCUUGACUCGGCUAAGGGCUACGAAAAGCCAUGUUCCUCAUGCGCCCCUCGUCAGGCUGUACUACGAGCAGCGGUCCCAUACUCCUGGAACCCUACUGAUAACGGAGGCUACAGUAAUUGCUGCGAAAGCCGGAGGCAUGGCUCACAUACCCGGUAUAUGGAACCAAGAGCAGACUGAUGCUUGGAGAGAGAUUACAGACGGCGUUCACGCGAAGGGCUUGUUUAUCUUUUGUCAGCUAUGGGCUCUCGGACGACCUUCCUUCCCAUACAUCUCCGCGUCCGAUAUUCCCGUUCCCGGUCGCUCCGAUGUUCCCCUACCAAUGACCGUAGAUGAAAUCAAAGAAUACGUGGACCUAUACGUCCAGGCCGCACUGAACGCAGUGAAAGCUGGGUUUGAUGGCGUUGAGAUACACGGGGCGAAUAGUUACCUACUCGACCAAUUCAUACAAGACGUGACAAAUCAGCGAACUGAUGCAUACGGUGGCAGUAUUGAAAAUCGCGCAAGGUUUCCCUUGGAGAUCGUCGAUGCAGUAGCCAAGGCCAUUGGGGCAGAACGGACGGGAUACCGUAUCAGUCCCUGGAAUUCUAUUCAAGGUAUGGGUAUGAAAGACCCCAAACCAACCUUCGCGUAUCUCGUUUCUGAGAUCAAAGCACGACAUCCGAACUUUGCUUACAUCCACGUUAUAGAACCGCGUGUGAAUGGCACGAGGUCCCGAAAUGAAGGGGAGUUCACUUCGCAGAUGAAGAAUGAUUUCAUACGGGACAUCUGGGCCCCAAAGCCUUUCAUAUCGGCUGGCGGGUACGAGCGCGUCACCGCCGUUACAGCCGCCGAUGAGAAGAAUGAUAUAAUUGCUUUCGGAAGACAUUUCCUGGCCAACCCUGACAUGGUAUAUCGGCUAAAGAAAGACUUACGUCUUAACGCACACGGUAGAUCGACUUUCUAUCGACCAGGGAACGUUGCCAAGGGAUACACAGACUACCCUUUUGCCGAAGAGGUGCUGCAUGUAAAGUCCCCGCUGUAG